AUGUUCAAUGAAGGUUUGUUGAAUGAGUACCAGGAAGGUGAGUGUGGGAAGUUACAUAGAAAAAUUGAGGGACACCCUGGCCCACCUACUCUGCAGACUGGGGACCGGCAGAAGCUGGAGGGGAAUUCCCUGCACUGUAGAACUGAGUCUGGUCCCUCCCUUUGCCGGACAUCCCCAGGGUGGGGCAUGGUUGGUCCCUGGCAGGUUCAGGCAGGCAGAGGGCCCCAUAGCUGCAUGAGAGCUGAGGUUCCUUCCCUCUUCCUGCCUCUACACACCCUCCACCCCGCCACACAGCUGAUGAAGUGCCUGCAGAGGAUCAUGAGAGCAGAAGAAGCCUCGGGCUGCCAGGUGCCCCACCGGCCCUGGGUGUCCAUCCGGAGGGUGGCUUUGUUGCUGCUUCUCCUUGGCAUGGUGAUAGGCUGCCUCGUCUGCAGUGUGCGCCUCACCCGAAAGCAGCAGGUGGAUUCAGCUGGGUGGGACUUAGCGGAGCUGCAGCUGAAUCACACAGGAUCGCGGCAGGACCCCAGGCUGCGCUGGCAGGGAAGCCCAGCCCUGGGCCGCUCCUUCGUGCAUGGGCCAGAGCUGGACAACGGGCAGCUGCGUAUCCAACGUGAUGGCAUUUAUAGGCUGCACAUCCAGGUGACCUUAGCCAACUGCUCUUCCUCUACGUGGACCGCCAAGCCCCUUAGCGCCACCCUGAGCGUGGCCAUCUGCUUCCCCACAGCCCACAGCAUCAGCCUGCUACGCCUCAACUUUCACCAAAGCUGCUCUGUCGCCUCCCAGCGCCUUACCUUCUUAGCCCACGGGGACAUUCUCUGCACCAACCUUACUCCGCCUCUGCUGCCCUCCAGAAACGCUGAUGAGACUUUUUUUGGAAUUCAGUGGGUGUGCCCUUGA